AUGGAUUUCAACGUCCUGGCGAAGCGUAGCUUGAGCUCGUGGGACGAUGACAAGUUGACGCUCACGAGUGAGAUGUUCCUCCCGGGUCAGUUUCAGGCCAGGGUGCCGAUUGCAAAUGGAUAUAUUGGUGCGGCUGUUUCAGCAGCCGGGCCAUUUUAUGAGAAAGACGUGAACCAGACCAACCAUGCUGGUCCCGAAUCUGAGGUAACUGAGGGCUGGCCGCUGUUUGACAGUAGACAGACUUUCUCGACCGUCUCUGGAUUUUAUGAUUGCCAGCCCACCACACCCGGCGUCAAUUACCCGGAGCUUCAGAAAUAUGGCUGUGAGAGUGUCAUCUCCGGAACGCCAUACCCUCUCUCGCUCCAUCUAGUCGUUGGAAAUCACGUCCUGAAUUCAACUGUGGAUCCGGCCUCUAUUCACAAUUACAAACAGAUUUUGAGAUUCCGAGAUGGUCUCACGCAGUGGAGGUUUACCUGGUCCCCCAGCAAAAGCAACAUGUCUUUUGAUAUUGCGUUCGACUCUUUCAUGAGUAGAGCAAGGCCAAACGUGGCUGCGACGCAGCUUCGGGUUACGCCACGCGGGGGAAACCACAAAGCUAUUAUCGUCGACUUGCUGGAUGGUCGAAGCGCGAAGAGAUCCUUCUUGGGACAGAAGGGCAUGUCUCCCAAUUCUACUUCUAUUUACGUAUCAAACCAUCCUGACGGACUUCCUAAUGUCGAGGCAUGGACAGUUUCUACAACUAACGUAGCCAAUCGCUAUACCAACAAGACAUCCAGAAGAAGGGCAGUAUUUUAUGGGAAUGGUAGCAGUAUGACUAUCGGACAGCAAUGGGAUGCUCGACUGAUCAAUGGCGAGACCGCUACGUUUCAGAAGUUCGUCGGCAUCGCUUCUACCGAUAAGUUUGAAGAUGCUGCGUUCACGGCUAGGUCAGCAUCCAAUCAAGCAAUGAAAGAUGGAUGGGAUACGCUCAUCUCAGAGCAUAUCCAAGCCUGGAAUGAGCUCAUGCAACGGAGCCUCAUAACUGGCUAUAGGAAUCCCGCAACCGGGAAACUUCCAGCAGGCGAUUCAAUCAUAGAGAAAUUCCAAAUCGCAGCCGUUGCAGACCGUUAUUAUCUCAUCCAAAACCUCCUACCGGAAAACGGCUUGGAUCUGAAUGAUAAUGGACUCAGCGUGAGUGGUCUCUCAUCAGAUGCUUACGGCGGCAUGCUCUUCUGGGAUCAAGAUAUGUGGAUGUAUCCCGCAGUCGCAAUCACCGAUCCACAAUACGCACGCCAGGUGCUCAAAUCACGCCUGAAGCACUUCUCCCAGGCAAAGUUGAACGCUCAAAUGCCCUAUGUCCAAGAAACGUACAAGUUCAACGACAAGUCGGCGUUGUAUCCUUGGACAAGUGGAAGAUUCGGAAAUGCGACUGCCACCGGCCCAGUCCUGGAUUAUGAAUACCAUCUCAAUGCAGAUAUUGCGAUUUCUAUGUUCCAGUACCUCGCAAUCACGGGAGAUGAGCUGUACUUUAGGAACGAACUCUGGCCGGUUGUAGAAAGCAUUGGGCAUACAAUUGCGACACUCCUAGUCAGAGAUGGGGAUUUAUGGUCUAUCAGGAACAUGACUGACCCUGAUGAGUAUGCGAACCAGGUUGACAACGGAGCCUUCACACUUGCUUCUAUGUCCCAAGUGAUGCAUGAUAUAAUCAGGUACCAGACCAUGCACAAUAUGGAAGUCAAUAAAACUUGGGACGAAAUGGCGAGUAACGUCAACAUCCCUCGAGCAGCUUCUGGAAUCACCAAAGAAUUCGAGGCCAUGCAGAACGAUGUCACGGUCAAACAAGCUGAUGUAUCACUGUUGGUUUACCCACUGGCCUGGCGCAAAAACUACACUCUUGCGGACAAGAUGAGAGACCUGGCGUACUAUUCGCAGAAACAGACUCCCGAUGGACCAGCCAUGACCUACGCCAUUGCAGCAAUCGGGGAAAACCUGGUCGCGUCGACGGGCUGUGCGGCUUUUAUAUACGACCUGCAGGCCAGGUUCUCCAACUAUCGAGCGCCGUGGUUCCAGAUGUCGGAGCAAGCCAACGAUGACAAGAACGCCAACGGUGGAGUGCCGCCCGCAUUCCCCUUCCUGACGGGCCACGGAGGAGCAUCUCAGAUCCCGCCUUUCGGAUAUCUAGGCCUGGAUCUCACGCACAAGAACCUCACCAUCCAGCCCAGCCUCCCAUAUCCGUUCCAGCAUCUGCAGAUCGGGGAAUUUCACUACGGCGGCGCCACUCUCACAGCGUCCAUGAACUCCACGCACACGAACGUGACGCGAUUCCCCAGCGACCCCAGCAAAGGCCUCGUCGACCGCUACCUCCCCAACCCCAUGCCCCUGAUCGUCGGGUCCGCCUACGGCCGCGUGCCUCCACGGCUCUACACCAUCGGCAUCGACGAAACUAUCACCGUCGCCAACGACAUGUACUGGCAAGGCGCCACCACGGCCAACAACAUCCUGCAAUGCCUCCCGGCCUCGUCCCCCGCCGACAUCGUGCCCGGCCAGUACCCCGCCGCUGCCACCGACGGCAACGCAGGCACCCGCUGGCAGCCCCUGACGCGGCACCCCGCCAUCCUCACCGUCGACACGUCCUCCGUGCCUUUUCAACCCAUCCAGCAGAUAAAUCUCAACUGGGGAGAUCGCCCACCAUAUCGGGCUCGCGUCGCCUUCACCAAUCACACCUUCACCUUCACCACCACCAACCACACCCCCUCCUCCACCACCAUCCUCGAUUCCAGCGCCCAAAUCUUCGAUAUCUCAACAGAUCUACUAACUGCUAGUCCUCGCGAAGUGCCACUUCUAGACGUCGUCCCGUAUGUAGGAAAUCGGACGGAACACGUCUUUAGAAAAGAGAAUGAUGAUGAUGAUGUGUGGACGGGCAAAUAUGCGAUUCUAGAGAUUGAGGGGUGUAGAGGCUGUGGAGUGCUGCAGAGCGUGGAGGAUGAGCUGGGGAGGUUGAGGAUAAUGGAGGAUGAUGAUUUGGGGGCUACGGUGGGGGAGUUUGAGGUUAUUGGGAGGGGAGGGGAGGAGGGGUUGGGGGGUGAAGGGGGGAGAGGAUGGCAGAAAAGCUAG